UACUCAAAUUACACGGCCUGAUAUCUUGCCAUAGCAAGGACAAAAAUGCAAGGCCAUUGAAUUUUCCCGCGGUGCUCUUCGAAAUUUUGAUUUUCUUCCUUCAAAAUUGUUCAUUGGCCUUACUUUAUGGCAUAAACUUGUAGAUAAAAGUCUAGCGAUCAUUUCAAGAGUUUAUUGGCUGAAAUUGGUCCUUUUUUCGCCGAGAAAUCAAAGUUUAUAAAUUGGUGCGAUCGGCGGUUGUUUUGUUUAUCACGCGCUCGUCUUCGUUCGAAAAUUUUAGCUCUUAAAUCUAUCGUGGAUUAUCUAUAUUUGGUAUCUACGUGUUCCUGGUACUCUCCUCUACAUUUCUACAAAAUUUUUGGAGUCGAAUUGUAUACAUUUUUUCUUUUAUUUACGAAAAUCUUCAAACCCAUAAUUAUAGCGAUGGUGCUUCCUAUUUUCAACGGUGUCCUUCCUACUCCAACUACGCCUAAGAAAAUUUUAUCAAAUUCAAACGAUUUCAUUGGUAAAUCAUACUAUCCCUUACCUUUUCAAGCUUCCUCAUUAAUUGGAAAUCUUGGUAUUGGUUCUUCUCCAUCCUGGGACAUCAAUAUAAACAAUAAAUCGAUCAAACUUAAAAUAGAAUGGUAUGUUGAAAAGAACAAUAACAGUUCUCAUGAAUUCCCAAAAUCUCUACUUAACAUACUAUCAGCCUACAACCUUGUACAACCUACCUGGUCCUCCUCCUUUGCUGAAGAGAAACUGUCUUUCAAGUUUGAAUGGAAACUACUCUCUGAUGCUACUAACCAACCUGAACAAGUUAAAACUCCAUCUACUAACUUACCUUUACAUACUCCUGACUUUGGCUAUACAUCAACAUCUAAAUCGAUGGAGAAGAACCAAUACCAAGAUUUCCAAUUAAUGAGGAAGCUUGAAAAGGUAAGGGAUAGUAUGAUUUACCAAUGAAAUCGU